AUGGCAAAACAAUUCUUUGCUAACGUGAAGUCGGUCCUAAGCGGCGACACCUUGGUGCUGACCAGCCAGAACAAUCCGAAUGCCGAGCGUGUUUUCUCGUUGGCUUUUGUUACUGGUCCUCACCUCAAGAGAGAGGGCGAUGAACCAUUCGCUUUUCAGUCACGGGACUACCUGCGGAAAUUGGUGGUUGGCAAAGUCGUCCAAUGUUCUAUUCUUUACACCAUUCCUACCUCUGGAAGGGAUUAUGGUACUGCUCAAUUGAAGGAUGGAACCCAACUACCCGACGAAUUAGUCAAGGCUGGUUGGCUUAAGGUUAGGGAAGAUGCCGGUCGAAAAGAGGAGUCCGAAGAGGUCUUACAACGACUUGAGACUCUCCGCUCCCUCGAGACCCAAGCUAAGAACGAGGGAAAGGGCCUUUGGGAAGGCGUUGGUGGGAUUAUCGAGGUCCAGAACGACACCAGUGCCCUUGACAUCAAUGAAUGGAAGGGCAAAGCUAUUGAUGCCGUCGUCGAGCGUAUUCUGAGUGGUGAUCGCCUACUUCUGCGCCUUAAGCUGUCCGACAAGAAGCACUUGCAGGUGAUGACACUUGUUGCCGGCAUUCGCGCCCCCACCACAGAGAGGGUCAAUCAAUCAACUGGUCAAACCCAGCCUGCGGAGGAAUUCGGUAAUGAGGCGCGACAAUUUGUCGAGCAAAGACUACUUCAGCGCGAUGUUAAGGCCGAGAUCGUUGGCACUAGCCCACAGGGACAACUCAUUGCCGCUAUCUUACACCCUCGAGGAAGCAUCGCGGAAUUUUUGCUUGCCGAUGGAUUGGCUAGGUGCAACGACUUCCAUUCCACUUUACUUGGACCCAAGAUGGCUCCUCUCAGGGCGGCCGAGAAGAAGGCCCAGGCGGCUAAAUUACGCCUCCACAAAGACCAUGUGGCUAAAGCUGAGGGUGGCAGUUCGUCUGACAUGAUCGUCUCGAAAAUUCAGGGAGCCGAUGCAAUUUUCGUCCGAACCAAGAACGGUGCCGAAAAGAGGAUCAAUCUUAGCAGUGUGCGGGGUCCUCGAACAAAUGAGCCUUCCGAAGCUCCUUUCAGAGAUGAAUCAAAAGAAUACCUCCGGAAGAAGCUUAUCGGUAAACACGUCAAGGUUUCUAUCGACGGCCACCGACCCGCCACCGACGAUUUCGAGGCUCGCGAUGUGGCCACUGUAACCGAGAAGGGCAAAAAUAUCAACCUGCUCCUAGUUCAAGAUGGGUGGUGCUCUGUUAUUCGACAUCGCAAGGAUGACACUGAUAGAGCCCCGAACUACGACGAGCUUCUUGCAGCUCAAGAGAAGGCCAAAGAUGAGAAGAAGGGCAUGUGGUCCGGAAAGCCCCCGAAGGGUAAAGCCUUGGUGGAUGUCUCGGAGUCGGCACAGAAGGCUAAGAUGCAGCUUUCUAUUUUCUCGCGUCAGAAGAAGGUACCCGCUGUAGUUGAUUUCUGCAAGGCCGGUUCGCGAUUUACUGUACUGGUCCCCCGAGAAGGAGUCAAACUCACUAUGGUCCUUGCUGGUGUUCGUGCUCCUCGAGCCCCUCGACUACCUCAGGAAAAGGGUGAACCUUUUGGACAAGAAGCUCUUGAUCUCGCCAACCGUCGGUGCAACCAGCGCGAUUGCGAAAUUGAUAUCCACGAUAUUGAUAAGGUGGGUGGAUUCAUUGGCGACCUCUAUAUCAACCGUGAAAGUUUUGCCAAAAUUCUGGUCGAGGAAGGUCUCGCAUCUGUUCACCAAUACUCCGCGGAGAAGGCUGGCAAUUCCAAUGAGCUUCUAGCAGCUGAGAAGCGUGCUAAGGAAGGACGUAAAGGUCUUUGGCAAGACUGGGACCCAUCACAAGAAGAGGGUGCCGAAGAAGAAGUCGCCGAUUUUGAGCCCUCCAAAGAGGCUGCUCCUCUAGACAAACAGGCUGCCGAUUACCGAGAGAUUGUUGUCACCAAUAUCGAUUCGAAUGGGAAGCUCAAGAUCCAGGAGGUUGGUAAGGGAACUGCUGCUCUUGAGUCUUUGAUGAACGAAUUCAAGAGAUUCCACAUUGAUUUCAAGAAUAACAAACCUCUUGCCAACCCUCCUAAGACGGGUGAAUUCGUGGCUGCUAAGUUCUCUGCUGAUGGCCAAUGGUACCGUGCUCGAGUGCGGUCAAACGACAGGACAGCUAAGGUUGCCGAAGUUGUCUACAUUGACUACGGCAAUACCGAGAAGAUCCCAUGGUCCAGCUUACGAGCGCUAGACCAACCGCAGUUCACCACACAAAAGCUAAAGGCGCAGGCUACGGAUGCCGUACUAUCAUUUAUCCAGCUGCCUACUGCCCCCGACUACUUCGCUGAUGCGCUUGACUUUAUUGCCGAGGCCACAGACAGUAAACGACUAGUCGCUAGCUUCGACUUCGUAGACCCCAAGGAGGGCGUCAGCUACAUAACGCUAUUCGAUGAGAAGAAGUCAGGCAGUACCUUCGCCGACUCUAUCAACAAGGAUGUCGUGGCUAAUGGUCACGCAUUGGUCCCCAAGAAACUGAAGGCAUGGGAACGAGGUCGAGCUUCGGAGGAGGUUUUGAAGAAGUUGCGCGAGAUUGAAUCCCAGGCGAAGGCCGAUCGUUUGGGUAUGUGGGAGUACGGUGAUAUCACCGAGGACUAA